AAAGCAAGAAUUCAGUCCCAUUGUGAGCAAACACUUGCCUACCACCUACUGAUUCCACAGCUGAGCAAAAUAGGCAGCCCUUCUAAGGUGUGGUUUUGCUACUCUUCCCAGUGCUCGCUUGUGCUAAAAUCUACUCCAACUACAAGACCCAGAUAGUACAAAGGGCAAAUGGAAGAAAUGCUUUCAAAAGACGGAGAGAUAUAAAAUCUGUAGUAAAUGUUUAACAGGGUACCCACAGAGAGCCUGCCAUAUUUCGUUGGCAUCUGUUUGCUUAGCUUUCAAGUCUCCAGGAAGGUACCUGCGCUGUCACACUUUGCCUUCAGCCCAGCACCCCACUCCACAAGGCACCAGAGCCAUAAGUACAGAAAGUGACAAAGAAUGACAUUAUGAGAGCUGCCAUUAUAGACUGCCUCCCGUGUGCCCCGUCUUUGCUAAGUAUGUGGCUGUUUAGCUUGGUCCUUAAAAUAAAGACAUAGACUAGGCAGUAUCAGCGGACUUCCACUUAACAGUGGGUUGGCCAAUGACACUGAUACGUCAUUCACGAUUCUUGGUUACCAUUGAGUCUACUCUAGCUGGCUCAUUCCUGCUGGGCAUUUCUGAAGACAUGCAGAGGGUCGCUUAUGUUAGUGAGAAGAUUUAGAACUCUGUGCUAAACUCUGGAAGCUUCCAUAGACUUGGGGCAUCGAGGGAGCCACUGCCUCUUCCACAGUCAGGAAGUUGCUGAAUGGAGAGUUCACGUUCUCUGACAGAUAUCCAGGGCCGAUUUCCUGACCCAGGCAGGCACCUGCUGUAGCAUUGGCCAGUCUUAUUCUAGCAUCCCACCAAUAUAUGUUCUCCUACCAAUAUAUAUCUCCCCCUCAGUCCUCACCUCAGCCUUUCAGCAGAGUAUUAUUAGUCUCCCUUUGUAGAUAAGGAAACAGGCUCAUAAUGUUUAGAUAGCAUGCAAGGCGGUGAGAAAAUCAAGAUUUGGACCAAGGUCCACGGGUCAGUAUUCUCAUAUGGUAGGACUUGUAUUUGCUUUGCUGAAAUUAAACACCAACCCUAUUGGACUAUAUUCCCAAUUCCCUUUAUCCUGACUGUGAUUCACCAGGUUUCAAAACAGCAAAAUAGGCCCGAGACUCUCCCAUUUCCAAACCCUUGCUCCAGCAAUGUUCUUAGCUGUUAGGGUUCCUUGAUCUGUGGAGCAGCCGAGAAGUCAUGUGUGUCAGAAAUGCCUGCGUCAGGAAAGCAAAAAGAGUUUUCCCAUCAACUCACAUCUUCCAUUGACGGGAAAGUCUUCCAAAGAGGCAUGAGUGUGCUUUCUAUCUGACCACACAGACCCUAGCCCUCCCGGCUCACAUGCUGUCUCUCCAUAAAUACUUCUUCUUCUUCUUCUUUUUUUUUUUUAAAGGUAGAGUUGGACAGUGAGAGAGAGAGAGAGAGAGAGAGAAAGGUCUUCCUUCUGUUGGUUCACCCCCCAAAUGGCCACUACAGCUGGUGCACUGCACCAAUCCAAAGCCAGGAGCCAGGUGCUUCUCCUGGUCUCCCAUGGGGUGCAGGGCCCAAGCACUUGGGCCAUCCUCCACUGCACUCCCGGGCCACAGCAGAGAGCUGGACUGGAAGAGGAGCAACUGGGACAGAGUCCGGCGCCCCAACAGGGACUAGAACCACGGGUGCCAGCACCACAGGCGGAGGAUUAACUUAGUGAGCCGCGGUGCCUGCCUGUAAAUACUUCUUCAACUGCCCUGGCAAAAGGUAACCCCACCGUCUCCAAGACUUGAUGUAUUAGAUUUUUUCCCCUCUUCUAACUUUUCUCACAAUCAAUUCCCACACUCCUAAUCACUCCUUCUGCAGUGUAACUUCGUUAGAGGUGAGAACCGUAACAUUUGUCUCUGCAUCCCUUCAAUCUACUGGCACAGUGCAGGAGUGUGGUAGGACUCAUUAGAUGAAUAAUAAAUGUAUUAGUGGACUUCUGCUCUUUUCUUUAAAAUACUGCAUAGUGGCUGGCAUUGUGGUACAGCAAGCUAAGCUGCUGCCUGCAAUGCUGGCAUCCCAUAUCAGAGUACCGGGUUUGAGUCCUGGCUGUUCCACUUCUUAUCCAGAUCCCUGCUAAUACACCUGGAGAAGCAGAAAAAGAUGGCCCAAGUGCUUAGAGCCCUGCUACCCACAUAGGAGGCCCAGAAGGAGAUCUUGGUUCCUGACUUCAGUCUGGCCCAGUCCUGCCUGUUGCAGCCAUGUAGGGAGUGAAAUAGAGAAUGGAAAAUCUCUCUCUCUCUCUCUUUCUCUCUCUCACUCUUCCCUUCAAAUAAAUAAAUAAGUUUAAAAAAAAAACUGGAUAAUCUAUAUCCAAGUAAUUAAAAAAAUCAACUAAUCUCCUAAUGUUUCUUCCAUCAUCACUGCCCACCUGAUUUCUCCCAUAUUUAGUGAGCCUUCAUCAGUUGCUAAGGACUGGAUGUUUGUGUCCCAAAAAUGCAUACAUUGGAACACAGGAAGUGGAAGACUUUAGAAGCGGUUAGGUCACCGAGGUGGAGCCCUCCUGCGUGGGGACCAUGCCAAAGACACUGGAACUCUCUUCCUCGCACUGUGUGAAGAAACAGCUAGAAGGCGCCAUCUGUGAACCAGAAAAUGGGCCUUCGCUGGACACCAAACCUGUUGGCAUCUUGACCUUGAACUUCCCAGCCUCCAGAGCUGUGUUGUUUAUAAAUCACCCAGUGUAUGGUAUUUUUGUUGCAGCAGCCCACGUGAACUAAGACACCAGUUAAUGUAUGCAGAAUAUUCUUCAUGCAUGUAUUUGUUUUGUGGAUUUAAACCCUUUUUGAAUGAGCUUUAAAAAAAAAAAGAAAAGAAAAGCUCCUGCUUCCAUUAUGACAAAGAAAAUAAGAAACGAAGACCACGCCAAAAAGGGCCAAGUGCAGCCAGCCUACGAUGAGUGCCCAAGGCCAAGGCCAUCGAGAAGCUCAUCAUUCAAAACAGUGGCAGCUGCAGCCACCAGGGACUUCUCUAAGGCCAGGGUCUUCCAGGCCUGGGCACCUCCCAAGGUGUCUGUGAAGCUGCAUUGCUGUGUGCCCAUCCCAAUGAGGGAGUCAGAAAUCCAUCUCCUGAAGUCUGGAAUGACCAAACACCCCCACUUGGAUGUAGACCUGCAGGUGCCACCCGUCAGUGCCCCUGGAAGGAGCUUAGUCUUAUGGUGGAAAUCAAUACUUGAACAAAGAAGGGAGAAUGACAUUGGAUCUCUGCAAUGGGCAUUUUCUCUUUGGACUCAUAGUAAGAGGACACUGGUUACAGGCAUUUAACCUAAGUAUCCACUCAUCAGGCCAAAAAGGGAGGCAGGUGUUGUGAAAAUACAAAGAUCAAGGCAUCUCCAUAAUCUACAUGUAAUUCCUUCGAUUUCCGGCUCACCUGGGAUUUCCUACGUGUGUGUCUGGCUUUCAGAUCAGUAUUCAGCAGGAGCCUCCCAGGUUUCUCUUACAGCUUCCCUCUUUAGAGCCCCACCCCCCAAAGAGUAGCACCCAGGCAGGUUCUCCCCUGCUGUGCGGGUAAUGAAACUGCUAAGCCGGCAGCUUCCUCCUGGUUGCCAUGGAAAUGACCAGGCCGCUGGCCCUCUGAACACGGAAAAGAACAGCAAGUGCAAGGCCACGAAUUCCAGCCUGCCUCGCAGAUGAGACCAGCUGGCCAGCCAGGGCGAAGGUCCGCCGAGCCGGGAGGAGCGGCCCCGCGGUGCAAGGGAGAGAUCUGAAGAAAUCCCCGUGGCAGUUGAUACUGGCAACUGGGUACACGAAGGCCAAGACCUCUGAAUUCAGCAGGUGAGUUCCCACGGACUGGCUGAUGACGCAAGAAUGGGGCCGCCGUCCGGGCACUGCCUCCUUCUGCUCGGCACCCUGGGGGUCUUCGUCCUGCAGCGCGGCACCGCGGGCCAGAAGAACAGCACCCUGAUUCUCGCCCGGGAAAACGCCAUUCGGAACUGCACCUGCUCCGCCGACAUCCGGGACUGUGACUACAGUUUGGCCAACCUGAUGUGCAGCUGCAAAACGGCCCUGCCUCUGGCGGUGGAGCGAGCCAGCUACCACGGCCACCUGACCGUCUGGUUCACGGACACGUCCGCCCUGGGCCGCCUGUUGAACUUCACGCUGGUCCAGGACCUGAAGCUCGCCCUGUGCAGCACCAACACCCUCCCCGCCGCGUACCUGGCCAUCUGUGGGCUGAGGCGGCUCCGCAUCAACACCGAGAGCAAGUAUGCAUCGGCCGAGCAGAGCUUACUGAUCCGCGGCGGCGGGGACGGUGACACCGAAGGCUGGCCGUCGUGUCUGCACAUCUCCUUCUUGGACGUGGCUCUCUUCAACAGGGACUCGUCCUUAAAAUCAUACAGUGUGGAGAACGUCACCAGCACCGCCCACGACUUCCCGGAUUUCUCUUACUUUAAGACGUUCCCAGUGGCAAGCAACGCAAGCUGUGUCGUCACGGUCAUUUACUAACAUUGAACCAUGUCCUGCCUGCACGUGAAAUGUGGGGAUAAGGCCAUGAGAUGGGGGUCCCUCCUGGAAGGCAGGAAGACUCCAUGGGUAUCAGUAUUAACAAUGGCCCUGCUUAUCCAAGGGGGAUGCAUUUCCAAGCCCCCCAGAGGAUACCAGGAAGGGCAGAUAGUACCAGGACCUGUAGGUGAUAUACAAACAUAUCAUUGGUAACACUUCAAAUCAGGCACAGUAAGACAUGAAUAACCGUAACUAAUGCAAAAUAGAACAACUACACAGUACAUUUACUGAGAUAAAAUUUAGGGGACUGUGGUUCUCUCUCUCUCUAUAUAUAUAUAGAUAGAUGUAUAUAUGUAUGUAUGUGUAUAUAUAUACAUAUAUAUGUGUGUAUAUAUAUCUUAUUGUACUUCCAUUAAAGGAAGCACUUUACAACUCCUCCUUGGCACAUCCAAAUUGCUAGCAUCAUUACUCUCGCAUUUUGGGGGCUUUAUGGAGUAAACCAAGAGUAAUUUGAACAAAAGCACUCUGGUACCACCAUAGGCAGUUUGAUAACUGUGAUGGGUAAUGGACACAGGGUGUAUAGACUGGACAAAGGGAGCAUUCACACCCUGGGCAGGGUGGAAAGGAGUGCCACAAGUUAUCAUCAUGCUACCCAGAACAGUGUGAGGUCUAAAAUUUAUGAACUGUUUAUUUCCAGAAUUUUCCAUUCAUUAUUGUCAGAUUGCCAUUGACCAUGGGGGACUGAAACCGUCCAAAGAGAACCAAGGGGAGAGAGAACUUCUGUUUUUAUUUUAUUUUCUAACUGCUUUGCCUGGAACUCCUCUGAGCAGAAAAUGGUGGAUCUCGGAGGUUUCGGGGGCUGCGAAUUGCACACGAUGUUAGUCUAUCUCAGGCUGGUGUUUUCCCAAUACCUUGCUGGGAACAGAUAUGCUGAGAAGUGGAAGUUUGGAGAGUCUGGGAGAGGGAGGGAAGACAGGCUUGAGGAGGCUGGACCUGAUGGCUAACUGAGGGCACUGGGAUCACAAAGACAGGGAUGCAGAAGUGACCAUGGGAGGAUAUGAAAAAAAAGGCAUAAAUCUCAAAAUUCUGAGUGUACAGGUGGAACCCCAGGAAAAGCUCCUCCCUUUAGCACCUCUCUCCUUCCCUUCCCUUUCUGUGUGUCGUUACCCUUCAUUCCACCCCAUUCCCCCUGCUGCUCCCUCAUCUUCCUCUUCCCUCUCCUCCUCCUUCUCUCUUUCCAGAAACUAGGACAUAGUCUGGUACCAUUACAAUCGUAUUUGCUUACUCUAAGGGGCUAGCCUGGGAACCUAAUGAUUGUUUAUAACACCAUUCCAGUCCAGCUCUCUGCUGUGGCCCGGGAGUGCAGUGGAGGAUGGUCCAGGUGCUUGGGCCCUGCACUCGCAUGGGAGACCAGGAGAAGCACCUGGCUCCUGGCUUCAGAUCAGCGCGGUGCGCCGGCCGCAGCGGCCAUUGUGGGGUGAACCAACGGAAAAGGAAGACCUUUAUCUCUGUCUCUCUCUCUCUUUCACUAACUCUGCCUGUCAAAAAAAAAAAAACAAAACAAACAAACAAAAAAAAAACAAACUUAAAACUGGCUCAUCAUCAUUGUACAUACAUUGUACAUACAGAUGCCCAAUUUAUCAAUAAGUUGGAACAUAGAGAAAGUUAAGUUGGAACAUAAAGAAUCUGACAAUUGUGGUCAAAACCUAGAGUGCAGUGAACUUGAAACGUGAUUCCAUUCAUGAUACCGUAACACUAAGAAAUACUUCUAUGAGGAGAUAACAGGUUGUCCUGGGUUGAUGGCAUUCAUCAAAGAUCUCAUUCAUCACAUUAUUUUCCUCUAAACCUUAGCAUAGAGUAAACCGAAAUAACCUGCAAUUUCUACAUUUGCUUAAUUGGUGGGAGAUUUGGCCAUUCAGGCUAAUUAGCAUGAGUCCAUAAUAUCAGUGUUUAAACUAGGCAAAAUGAAGGCCAAAGUACGAAUUUUAAUAAAAAGGGAUAAUGACCACAUUACUGACCUUGAACUUCAGAGGUAACAUUAAAGUGAUAGACAAAAGGCAAAGAAGGUGGAAAGAGAGGACAAGAAAAGCUAGAAAGAUAAAAGUGAAAAGAUAAAUAACAAAUAUAGAGAGAGAGAUAUCACCAGUUACUGAAGCUGUAACAAAUUGAAUUUUUAUGGAUAUUUACUAAUAAAGCAUCAAAUUAAAUAUGUUAGAAAUUAAUGUCUAUCCUUCGGAUAUCUUCCUUUAGUAGCUUAUAAUAGUUUCAAAGCUCUUUCAUGUAUGUUUUAAUUAAGUGAUUAAUAUGAUAAAUCAUUGUUGAUGAAUAGGAUUUAAAUCAGUAGAAGAUGAAUGUUCAGGGCUAGUGUUGUGGCAUAGCUGGUUAAUACACCACCUGCAACACCGGCAUCCCAUAUCCAUAUGAGCACCGGUUCGAGUCCUGGCUGCUCCACUUCUGAUUUAACUCCUUGUUAAUGGCCUGGGAAAAGCAGCAGAAGAUGGCCCAAGUCCUUGGGCCCCUGCACCCACAUGGGAGACUCCGAAGAAGCUCCUGACUCCUGGCUUUGGCCUGGCCCAGCCCCAGCCAUUGCAGCCAUCUGGGGAGUGAAUCAGCAGUUGGAACAUAUUUUCUCUCUCUCUGUCUCUCUCUGUCUCUGUCUCUCUCUGCCUCUCUCUCUCUCUGUCUCUCCACCUUUCAAAUACAUCUUUAAAAAAAUGAAAAUUCAUUUGAUUAUAAUUUAGAGCUGUUGUUGCCAAGUUUCUGGAUCUGUGGUUCAGCUUGUGCUGUUACGAGACAAGUAAAGAACAGAGAAAAUCCACAGCACAGACACGGAACAAGCGGUGCUUGGCACUCAGCACAGGGUCGGAGGGCAACAGGGAGGGGCUGGGGGUCCACUGGGUGGUCCCUGGAUGCACCUAGAAAGCCCGCCGUGGCCUAACUCAAGUGAAGUGUUGCCACCGGAGGGCAUGGCGGGGCCAGACCAAUCCCUCAAGCACACGAUGAGUUCUGAGCUGGUAGGUGAAACCUCAAGUCCUCACUGUUGACAUGCCAUUCAUUAUGUUUUAAAUAACAAGCUCUGGGGCAAUAAACCCCAGCAGUGGCUCCCACCCGGCCUGGGGCUAGCAUUACCAGUUGCUGCCUCUGGCCAGUGGCGUGCUAGUCAGAGUUUACCCCCAGCUCUCCAGAAACAGAGCAAGACACAGACACAUAUGUACACAAUCUGUUAGACGUUUUACUGACAGGAAGAGGGUGUAACACAAAACUUACAUAAGCUAUGCCCACGAUUAAUUUUCAAAGAAUGCUGUUCACUUGUCACACAUUGGCUUUUUGCAUGCAUUUUCUGCUUCAAUAAAAACUUCUAAAAAGAAAAGAAGGCAUAAUAUAGCUAACCCUCAUGUAAUUAUCUUUCAGAAUUGACAACCAAGAACAUUUUAUCACACUUAAGGUUUUUGUUAGUAAGAGAAAGAAAACACUAAAUUGUUUUAAAUGACAAAGAAAUGAUAUAUUUUCUUCAUGUUGUUGCUAACAGUACAGGCACAAUACUAAGUCCCUCACAGCACAGGACCAGCCAGGAGCCAUUAGGCAAAAAUGACAAUUUGUUUGCCUCUGAGUUGAAUCAAUGAUUUCACUCACCUGGAUCCUUAUCAGCUACAGGUUGUGAUUAUCCUCAUUAUAAGAGUCUGAAAAAGCCACAGGACUUAAUCUGAUCACUCACAAGAGAGUAAAAAGAAGAUCCCAGGAUCAAAACGAAGCACUUGAACAAGAGGGAACUUCAAAAUAUGGGCGGAACAUGGAAUGUAAAAGAUAUGUUUGUUUUGGUGCAAAAGAAUGUGAAGCCCAAACAUAGUUAUUUUGUAACAUGUAUUUUCAUGAACUUUUUGAAGAUCUUUUGAAUGCAUGGAUUUGGAUUUUUUGCAUCCAAAUAAAUAUAUCUUUUAAUUCCAUGUGCCACCAACUUUUUGAAGUUUCCUUGGAGUUAGAGGCCAUUUAGAAGAGAUCCGUUGCAGGGGACAGCACUGUGGUAUAGCGGAUGCCUGCAGUGCAGGCGUUGAAUAUGGGCGCCAGUUUGAAUCCCAGCUGCUCCACUUCUGAUCCAGCUCUCUGCUGUGGCCUGGGAAAGCAGUGGAAGAUGGCCCAAGUCCUUGGGCUCCUGCACCUGCAUGGGAGACCCAGAAGAAGCUCCUGGCUCCUGGCUUCAGAUCAGUGCAGCUCUGGCCAUUGUGGCCAACUGGGGAGUGAACCAGCAGAUGGAACUCUCUCUCUCUCUCUCUCUCUCUCUCUCUCUCUCUCUCUCUCUCUCUCUGCCUCUCCUUCUCUCUGUAACUCUGACUUUCAAAAAAUUAAUAAAUAAAUAAUUUUUAAAUGCAUGGUCAUUCCCGCAUUUUUAAAUAAAGUGUAGUUACCUCUUACUCCCUGCUUUGUAUUUGAUUACUGCUGUGUUAGAGUCAUUAGGCAGUUUUGUGUGAUUUGUAUUUCUUCUGGAAAAUAAUUUUCUGUGGAACUUCAGAGGUAUUAUCGCUGGGUUGCGCAUAAUAUUAUCUCAUAAUUAAUUUGGCCUCUUCCUUAUGUCUAGUUACACCUGAAGUUAUGAGGUGUGUGUGUGUUCUGUGUUAUUCCCUUAUCAGACUUAGAUUUUUCCUUGUCAUUCCUAUGUUUUGGUUUUCAUUUGAUUAUUUUAUAACAGACUUAUUUCAGUUUUAUCCUCAAAUAUUCCUACUUCCCACGUGCUUGGAAUUGUUUGCUCCUUUUCAUCAUUUCUGAAGUUGACUUAUUUUGUUAAUAUUCUUGUAAUUAUAAAAUCACAAAACUAGGGGCUGGCUCUAUGGCAUAGCAGGCUAGGCCUCUGCCUGUGGUGCCGGCAUCCCAUAUGGGUGCCAGUUCGUGUCUGGCUGCUCCUCUUCUGAUCCUGCUCUCUGCUGUGGCCUGGGAAAGCAGCGGAGGAUGGCCCAGGUUCUUGGGCCCCUACAGCCUUGUGGGAGACCUGGAGGAAGCUCCUGGCUCCUGGCUUUGGAUCAGCCCAGCUCCUGCCAUUGUGACCAUUUGGGGAGUGAACCAGCAGAUGGAAGACCGCUCUCUCUGUCUCUCCCUCUCUCUCUGUCUUUAACUCUACCUCUCAAACAAAGAAACAAAAUUAAAAAAAAAAAUUUACAAAGUUAGUUUAAUGCGAUACAUUAUUCUGAGUAUCCCUUUAACUGUAUAUCAACGUUUAUACAUAAUGGCAACAUUUCUACUAACUUACAGGGUUUUUAGUUGGAAUGCCAUCGUGGCGCAGCUGGUUGGGCCACCAUUUGUAACACUGGCAUAUGAUAUGAAUGCUGGCUCUAGUCUGGGCUGUGCUUCCAAUCCAGCUCCCUGUUAGUGUGUGUGAGAGGGCCGUGGAAGACAGCGUGAAUGCUUGUGCGCCUGCCACUUACACAUCCAGGAAGACCUGGAUGGAGCGCCAAGUACUAGGGCCCUAGAUUUGGCCUGGCCCUGCUCUGGCCAUUGCAGCUGUUUGGGGGGUGAACCACCUAAUGCAAAAUCUCUCUGUCUCUCCCUUUCAAAGAAAUAAAUAAAUAAAUCUUUUUUUUUUAAAGAAGAAAAGUAGUGAUAACAACAAAAGAUGUUUAAAAAAGAGUUUUUAGGGGUCAGUGCUGUGGCACAGUGGGUUAAGCCUCUGCCUGGGGUGCUGGAAUCCCAUGUGGGUUCCAGUUCAAGUCCCAGUUGCUCCACUUCUGAUCCAGCUCUCUGCUGUGGCCUGGGAAAAGAGCGGAAGAUGGCCCAAGUGCUUAGGCCGCUGCAUUCAUGUGGAAGACACGGAAGAAAAUCCUGACUCCUGGCUUCAGAUCAGCCCAGCUCCAGCUGUUGCAGCCAUUUGGGAAGUGAACCAGUGGAUGGAACACCUGUCUCUCUGUUUCCCUCUCUCUGCCUAUAACUUUGCCUUUCAAAUAAAUAAAUAGACCUUUAAAAAUUUUU